AUGAUUACAUAGGCAAAAAAAUCGAUAGAUCAUGAUUAUGAGAUAUUAACAAAGAAAAGCAUUUACAAAAAAAAACAAAAAAAUUAAUACACAAAGGAGGAUAAGUUCUAAGAAAAAUAUACAUAAUAAUAAGAAUAAAAUAGAUUGAAAUUAGUAAAAUUUUUACAAGUAAGAUUAUACAAGUCUGUUAAACUGGACAACAUUUUUAGAUUGAAAUCAAAUGUACAAAUCCCAAGAAAUGCAGAUAAUCAAUAUCAGAUUGGAUAACUUAAUAUUGAUUUUUAUUGCUACAAUUAUAUGAUCAAUAGAAUAGAUAAGAAUGGUAGUAUAAUUACAGUGACAUUUAAUCCGAUUUAGAGAUGCUUUUCGCCUGUUGAAAAUGUUAUUCAGAUUUUAGGGAAAGGAAAUCAAGGAUUAAAAGAAGCUUUAGAAAAAUUGCAUUACAAAAAAUAAUAGCUUAAAUAUAAUAGAAUUUACUAUAGAUUCAUCCUAAUACUUGACGAUUAAGGAACAUGAUUUGUUUAAUUUUGAGAAUACAAUUGAUAAACCAUGUACUGGUUACAUAUCUAAAGUUAUGGGAGAUUAGGUUAUGACUCAAUAACGAUUUAUGAAUGAAUUAUAUUUAAACCUAAUGGGGAUUAAUUCUGAAAUGUUAAUUCAUCAUGCAAUGGAGACAGGAAAUAUACCCAUUCCUCUAUAUUUUUCUUAAGAUAAUUGUGGUGAACAAUAUUUAAGCAAUUUUUUUACUUUAAAUACUUUCAACCAGUCCAUUAAUUAAUUGCAAGCGUGUAAUUAUAAUGGUUAAAAAUUUCCAGCCAAAAUCACAUUUCACAACUAUUAUUGCUACAACUAAGCUGAAAAAUGCUUUUAUGAAUAUUUAUUUUUUAUUUGGGACAUAGAUAAAAAGUGGAUUUCAAAGUAGAGGGUUCGAGAAAAUUAUUUAGACUAUUUUAAUAUAAAAAAUGACCCUGCUUCUUUAACUUAAAUAUAUUAUAAUUCUGAAUAAAGAUGUGGGUAUAGAGAUAUUUGA